AUGGAGAUUGAAAAAGAAGUUGAACUUUACGAAAAGGUACUUCCUAACUCUGUUCCUCCUACUGAAACUGAAUCAGCUCCUUUUCCUGACAGGUUGAAGAAACCACAAAAGGCAAACAAACGAAAAGAGAUGAUGGAAAUAUUCAAGAAGGUGGAACUUAAUAUCCUGCUCCUGGAAGCUAUCAACCAAAUCCCCAAGUACGUAAAGUUUUUGAAAGAACUGUGCACUAACAAAAGGAAAUUGCGAGGAGACGAGCACAUUAUAGCGGGUGAGAACGUUUCUGCUGUUAUCAAAAGAAAGGUACCACCUAAAACAGGUGAUCCAGGUAUGUUUUCUAUCCCUUGUAAGAUUGGAAAAACUGAGAUAACUAAGGCUAUGCUAGAUCUAGGAGAUGCUAUUAAUGUCAUGCCUCGAUCAAUAUACGACUCUUUAAAUCUAGGGCCUCUAAAAGAAAUAGGAAUUAUUAUUCAACUUGCUGAUCGAACUAAUGCUUAUCCUGAUGGAAACUUGUGA